AUGCCAACCAUUGAUCCGGAGUUACUGGCUCCUCUCUUUAAGAUCUCGGAUAUUCUUUUGAAGAGACCAGGCAAAGUUAGUAUUGAUUCAAUCAAGAGGCUCUCAAACAUAUAUGGAUUUGAGACAUUUACUGAUACGCUUGCAUUGGAAAACAACGGCAAGGAAGGUGACGUGAAAAAUAACCUUGUGUACAAUCUGAGUUCGCACUCAGGAUCACCAAUUAACGCAAGAGAAGUGGGCCUCCUCGUGGAUCGAUUGUCCCUUAGUGGAAAGAUCUUGCUUAUUGAUAUAGACUUCCUUGAAGGUAUAGUGAAUAACGUUUCCAUAUCGAGCGCAAUCAACUUGCAACCUAUAGACGGCGAAGUAUAUGACUUCUUGGAAGGCUGGAAUGGCGUGGAGCCCGUUGAAAAUAUCCUCUUAAGCAAUCUUCGAUGCAAUACAUUGGACCAGUUCAACAAGAAUUUGAGAAUUCUCAGCCAGUUUGACCGAUUGUCGCUGAAUCCCCCCAAUGACUUGUUCAAUUUUUUCAGCCAGUUGACCUACAACUUGGUGACUGUUCAUAAGUAUCAAGAAAAGAAGCUUGAGGAGCAUCAACAAGAUUUUACCAACGAUCCAUCCUGUGCAUUAAAUGGAGAUGAAGUGACCCGAAACUUUAACGAGGGAUACUUCGGUUUGGGGAAGAUCUUACUGAAUCAGCAGACGAAAAUUGGAUUGUUUUUGAAAAUAUGGGAGGACAAUAGAUUCGUAAACAGAUACUUAGAUGAAAAGAAGGGUGUCAAAACUAGAGAGGUACUCACGCCGUAUUUCAUCCACUUCAAGAUUACUGAAAAUAUCCGGAACGAUACUGGAGAGGAUAAGGAUGAAGAUAAAGAGACAGGAGGUGUAUCAGCGGUGACCAUAACAUCUGCUGUAGGCGUGGAAACAACUCCACAUUCAAUUACUAAUGGCGUUUCUGCAACUGGCGAUGUAUCUACUGUUGAUACCAUGGAUGAAACCCCAGAAACCACAAAAUCGGCUGAGAGUAGCGGGAUUAAAGUUCGUUGGUUUGACAACGGAGAUUGGCUGAUAAAUGCUAACGAUACUGCCUUGAAUUCUAACUUGAACUCGCUAGUUCUUGAAUUAUGCCCCAGUAUAUGGAUUCCUCAGGAUCUUCUGAUGGAAUUUGGAUUACAAGAUUAUGAGGUCCGCACCACGGAUAACGAUUUCUUCAACAACAAUCAACAGGACUUUGAUGACCUCAAUUUGGAUAAAUUUUAUUCUCGAAUCAACAAAAAUCACGCUAUAGAAUUAAGGCUUGAAAGUGGAAAGACAAUAAGAGUCACCUACCUAAUAGGAUGUCCUAUGGUCAAAAUCUUUAAGAUUACAUUUGGUCGUCUCACCAAGUUAUGCGAUCUUGUUAAUUCGCUUAGGAACUGGUGUCUCCUAAAUAGCUUGAUGCGCAAUUUAUUGGAGCAUAGAGCAAAAGAUAUGGAAAUUGAAGCAAUAUCCAAUGCGGAGGAGAAUGGAACUAGCAUUGCGGAAGCUAUCCCUAGUGUAGUUGCUGGAGAUACCACUACCACUACGAAAACCACGGUAUCCUCAACUACGGAUGAUACAAGUGGCGAAAAAGAGGAUCUAGGAGAAAUGGUUGAAGAUCUUAGAUUGGAUGAUGUGAUGAAAGAGUAUGCAAGCUUAUUGGAUCAGGAUAGGACGGAUGAUGUCUCUUCCGAAAAUGGAUCAGCCCCAGACUUACUCUCCAUCGAGGAUCUUGAAUCUGACGAGAUUGCUCUCAUUAAGGGUAACGAUACUAUGAAAAUCAAAGACGGAAUGGUCUACUCAAAAGACAAGGAAAACGUUAGAAUGGCAGAAAUUCUAACCAAGACAGAACAGUUGGUGGAAAUAUUGUAG